GUGUUAAACCUCACACGGGCCUACAUAGCGAAACACCAGAGGGAUGUGGUCCCACUGAUAGAAAAGUAUGCAGAUGAGUGGCAGAUGACGGGAAACCCCAUCUACAGGCCGAUGUGGUGGCUCAGUCCCAGUGACCCUGUGACUUUCACCAUCGAUGACCAGUUCCUCAUCGGAGACGAGGUUCUAGUGGCACCGGUGCUGGAGAAGGGGGCAGUGCAGAGGGAUAUUUAUUUACCUGACGGGGGCUUCCAGUGGCAGGACAGCCGCGAUGCUCAGGUGUUUGACGGGGGGACGUUCCUACAGGACUACCCUGUGCCCUUGGAGGACGUGGCUGUCUUCUUUCGCAGAAGCUGAGUCACAUGACUGAUCCACCGAGUCACCUGACUUAUCCUGUUACUGUUUUGAAUCAAACCCUUUUUUUUGUAUUACUAGUGCUGUUCUUAACUUGCACUUUUCCACUAAAGACUAUUGACCCUGUCUCAGGGCUUGAGAUGAUAUGUAGAAAGAUUUUUUUUAUACUUGCACUUUACAGUUCAUUACGAUUUUUUUUCUUUUGUCACAAUUGUUUUCUUACUUUUGAAAAAAUGUUAAUCAGUUUUACCUCUUGGCUGAUUUGUUUCCGGACUUUUUGAUCUGUUCUGCUUUUUUUUGUAUGUAAGUUCCAGAGAAAUCUGUGCGUUUACAUACCGCAUUUCUACAGUCUUUAAAUUGCUUCUGGCUCUCUUGAUAAGGAGGAACAAAGAAUCGGAAUCUCUGAAGAAGACCAAAUGAAGAUAUAGCAGAACUAAGGAAGAGGCUUAUUGGGAGGAACUAGCUCACAGAAAGCUUCGUACAGAGGCCGACGCACCGUGAUACUGUAUGUUUUGCUAACUCAUCGGAGAGGCUUUUACUUGAACUAUUCAGGCCAAAGGGCUGAUGUUUGAUGAAUGUACCUCAAGUUAUGGUUUUUCAGUGCUUUACAGAGUCAUUAGACAAAGCAAUCUUACCCCUCAGCACUUAUUCAGUAGUUCAACUUAAUUUAUCAACAUACCACUCUGUCGGACACGUAUGGAUGUCCUUUAGUGCUGUAGGCCAGAUAUACUUGAGGCCAAGCCACUGUAAUUGUACCUCUGGCUAUAUUUGAAUUUAGUUUAUUUGUUGCCUUCAUACUGACCUGCUGUAGUAAGGUAUUUCAAAUGGGUUGCUAUUUUUUUGUAUGUCUGAUGUUGAUGUGCUCUUCAGAAGAAAUCCUUGUUGACGACACCGCAGAGGUUGAAAUGAGCUUUUUAAUAGAUAGUUACAAAUGUUAGGAAAUACAGUUAUUUGCUUUCUUGCUGAGAGUUAGAUGAGAAGACCGAUACCUAUGUCCCGUCCCAGUCUGACGGCAUUUCGUGUUAUAGUCACAGAAUUAAUUGAAUCUAUUGAUUCGUGUUCACCAACACGAUUUCGG